AUGUUGCCCAAGGCACUGCUCGCCGCGGCGCUGGCGUCGUCGACGGCGUCUGCCUUGUUGCUCCCGCCGCCCACCGAUGUCGAGUUUGAGCGGCAGUCGCAGCGCGGCAACGACCCCCACCGCCACCACGGCGGCAAGAACCGCGAGGCGAUGGCAAUCGCGCCGCCCGCGAUGAAGAUUGGGACCGUCGUCCCGGCAGCCAUGGCCAACCCGUUCUACCACGAGUUCACCAAGGUCAAGGUGCCCUGCCCGGGCUGCUCCAUGCAGAUCCGCAAGCAUGGCCACGGCCACGAGGAGGACGACAAUGGCGAGACGGCGCAAGACGGCCAGACCGUGACGCUGACCAACGUCGACAACCACAUCAACCUCUUCCUCAACAUCGACCACCAGGCCGACGGCGACCACCUGCUGGUGAACCACUUUGAGGUGUACCCCAACGUCGACAUCAACGGCGACGGCCUGAUGGCCACGCAGGCGCCGGACCACUUCCACCACAAGGGAAAGCACCACAAGGGCAAGCAUCAUGAGGAGCACGAAAAGCAUGAGCACGAAAAGCAUGAGCACGAGAAGCAUGAGCACGAGGACGAGCACGAACACGAGCACGAACACGAGCAUGAGCACGAGCAUGAGCACGAGCAUGAGCACGAUGACCACGGCGAGGAGCUGAAGAAGCGCCACCGGAAGCAUCACGCCGACGACGAAGGCUUCGAGGGCAAGCACUGGAGGCACAAGGAGGUCAAGGACGGCAAGGACUUCCACCCGAAGAAACACCACGGCAAGCACGGCAAGCACGGUAAGCACGGCAAGCACCUCGUCCAGGUGCCUCUGGGCUACGCCAUGCAGACCAAGGCCGUCGGCAAGGACGAGAGCAACGGCAUGGAGGCUGUCACGCUGUCGCUCGAGAUCAUCCAGGUCAAUGGCGAGUUCAUCCGGGGCAUCCCGGCCGUCAACAUUCAUCUGAUCCGCACGCCCGAGAGCGGCCUCAUGAUUGCGCGCGUGGACGUUGAGGGCGACGGCGUGAUCGCCGCCUCCCCGGCCAAAGACCGCAUGGCCGAGCUCAAGGAGCAGCUCGAUGCGUGCUCCAACUUCCUUUGCCGCUGGAAGGUCCUGAUCAAGUCCGGCAUCAAGGCGCACCGUGGCGGCUGCGCCGGCAAGGCCAUGGCCAAGGCAUUUGGCGGCAAGGGCGACGGCGACGACGAGGACAAGCCGCACCGUCACCACCAUCACCACCACCAUCACCACCACGACGAGGACGACGAGAACGACAACCACGAGGACAGGCCCCACCGCCACCACAAGCUGAUGCGCCAUCAUAGCUGGGCGAAGCUGGCCCGCAAGUUCGUGACGCACAUUCUCUUGCCUAUCCUGUUCGGCGUCGCUGCCGGCAUUGCCGUUAGCAUCAUUGGUGUCGCUGUCGGCACCUUUGUGGCUGGCGCGUGGCGUGUGCUGUGCCGUCGCAAGGCUGUCGCUCACACCCGCCGCCGCUGCUGCAAGAGCAAGAAGACUGCUGCGGCUGCCGUUGACCGCCACGGCGACGAGGCGGCCGUCGACGAGGAGAAGGCUGGCCUGAUGGCUGCUCCGUCGACCGAGGAGCUGCCACCGUACGAGGACGACAACACAAAGUCGAACUCUGCGUAA